UGAGGAUUUUCUCGGGUUUUCAGAGGAAGGGUAGAUAGGCAGGGAGAUUUGAGUGCCUUAUAGUGCAGGGACACAUGCGUCUGGUCUUCAAGAAGCCGGCCACGUAGUGUGGUGCUUGGACCCGGGAGUGAGGCGGCGGCGACGGCCUCGCUCUGCUGUGCAAUUCUGCUUUGCAGUUUCUUUUGGUUAUUUAGGUUGAUUCUGGACAGAAGGUUGCCCUGGUGAUUUUGAAGCAUUUAGGUAGGAAUCACUUGAGGAUGCAGGGUUUAGUUCGAAAACUCCUGCUUGUUCCAAAACAAAAGGACCCGCAAUACCUCGUUAUAAUUGUCGUAUUUUACUGAAGACACGGACGUAAGAGCCUCAAGAAUGUGAAACACUAGGUGUACCACUGUCACACCUUGAUGCGCUAAUUUCUCCUCUUCAGGAUUAUGAGAUGGAUAAGUAUACGUAAUGGUCUAGACCAGUUCCUGCCUGACACAUAGUAGUCAGUCAAUAAAUUCUUUCGUAAAUAUGGCUUUUGUGGUAUAAAUACUUGAUGAUUUUUUGGACCUGACUGGUUUAUAACUUCAGAAGAAACAAUGGAAAGCCAGGAAUUUAUUGUCCUGUAUACUCAUCAAAAGACGAAGAAGGCCAAAGUGUGGCAAGAUGGAACCCUGAAGCUUGGCUCCUCAGGAAACAAGGCAGUUUUACAUGAUGAUAAAGGAGCUUGCUUGGAAAGUCUGUUUCUGAAAUGCCUUGAGGUGAAACCUGGAGAUGACUUAGAAAGUGAUCGCUACUUAAUCACUGUUGAGGAGGUGAAGGUUGCUGGAAGACCAGCUGCUAAACAAGAAGUGGAUAGAGAAGCACCAGGAUGGAGUUCCAGGAGCUUUGCUGGCUGGUCUAGGGGGUGUCAGCCCCCUGGCUUAAAACGGAAAUUUACUGGUUUUCAAGGACCGCGUCAAGUCCCAAAGAAAAUUGUUGUUAUGGAAAAUGGGGACUCAUCUGCAUCCUUUGAGGCUGGCACUACUUUUUCUCUCCCAUGCUACAGCACCCUGCCUUUGUUUCCUACUGUUGGCAGGAAGGAGAUAAGUAACACGCAGACAGCCCCUGACAGCACUGUCAGUGCCCAGAUGGGAGCGGGCCGGGGCCCGGGUUGUCCCACUCGCUCUGAGCCAAGCCCCGGAGUGCCGGGGGAAGAGGAUGCUUCCUGCGCUCUUCUGGGCCCUGGACGCUGGCAUGCAGCCCCUGUGCUGGCCACAGAGCCCACGAGAGGACAUGGCUUGGCCUCUCACUGCCCGAGAGCCUCGAAGCAGCAUAUCAGAAGCCAAUCACAGAUCUUAGCUCUUCUGAAGUCCACACCGGCGACCACGUGUGAGCAUUGGGAUGCUGAGCUGGCAGGACACUCUGGGCAGCUGCAGACCCUGGCUGCACAUGGAGCUGGCCUGGCAGAGCACGCUGAGAUGAUAGACUUAGAGCAGCCCCAUGGCCCGAGGCAGCCGGAAAAUGCCGUUGGAGGCAGAAGCCACUGGGCCGUGUAUUUAUCCCCGCAGGGCUCCCCAGCAGAUUCUAGCAAGGGAACGGAGGACAUGGAAAGGCAAGCAGCAGUGCAGGGAAGUGACAUAUACUUGAAUCUGGAAGACCCUGUGGAACGAGGAAGAAUGCAGGCCUUUGGAAUAUGUGCUGAAAAGGCCCAAAAGCAUCACGCAGACGAGCCAGGGGACAGUAAUGAGUGUUGGCAGCAGGAAGGAAAAUUAGAAACGCCUUCCUUUUGUGGAAGCAGCAGCUUGCUGGUGAGCUGUGCCGGUGCAGGACAGGGUGGGCUGCUCUCAAAAGCUGCUGUUGGUGGAAAUAACAAAGUACCCUUUAGCGGACAGGACCAGGGGUGCACAGGAGAAGCUGCGCAGGCGGUUGAUGCCUGUGGACCCCCAGGACAGGACUGUCCACGCUCAGUGUGGUCUCCGCCAGCCUCGGGACAGUGGCAGGCCAAGUCUUCUCUGAGUCAGGAUUUGAGGACCCCUGAUGACAUCGAGGACAAAGUUUCGGGAAGUGAUGCUGCCAGUGAGAGUCUAGAGAUCAUUGUGGACUCUGGAGGGAACGGCACAGAGCCGUUUUCGGAGGUAACUUUUAACCUGAGCAAUUUUGAGACCAGUGACACAGAGGAGGAAUCGCAGGAAAGCAGCAGCCUCUCCCCAAAUGCAGGGGGCUGGGGAAGGGGGACUCCGGGUAAUGGCAGUUUCUGUGUUCAGAAGCCACACGAGAUUCCAAGCUGUCGAGAAAUUAGCAGUGAACAUUUGCCAUGCUUAAUGUCUGUUGGUGACAAGUGGACAGAGAAAUGCCCUGUUAAGGAGACACUGUCACAGUUUUGUGAUAAAACUUGUGUGGGUUUUGACCCGGGACCUUGUGAAGGUGGAAACCCUGGAGAGGAGGAAGAGAGUGACCCUGUCAGCAGUUCUGACCUGCCCUCUGCAGAGGGGAGCACUGACGGAUGUGUAGACAGCACAGAAGAUGCUAAUGGGUUUCUCCAAAACAUCGCAAGUCAUUCCGAUCUUGCCUCACUCUCUAGUAAAUCUAAAGGAACAAGUGCAGAUUUACCCACUCCUGACUUUUUAAACAUAGUCACUGGUCAGACUCCUAAAAACAGUGAUUUACUUUCCCGUAUACAACCUCAGCCUUUUAUUUCAGGAAGUGAGUUAGAUAAAGAUACUAAGCAGGUUUCCCCACCAGCCUCUGGCCGUGACAGCAGUAUCCAGCUACUUAAUAGCCUUCAGGAUCACUCAGAACGUACUGUGCUUGGUAAGUCUGGUUCCCAAGCUUGCAACUCCUUGCUUAACCUUCAGGAAACAAAGCAGCCUCUUUACAGAGAUACCGAAGUGUAUGUUCCUGAAUGUGACCAUUUGGAGAGGAGUCAGAGUUUAUCCUGUGACCGUAUUGAAGUAGAAGCCGAAAGCAGCACCCAGUCCUGGAGUAAUCCGAGCAACUCUUCAGAACUCUGUGGAGUAGUCAGUAACAUUUCCCUCUUGAAGUCACUGUCUGAACACAGCACUGCUUUAGAGAGUGUGGACUUGCUGAAAAGGGGGAAUGCGGCCUUGCCACAGCAUGGAGCUCCACAGGUAGAAGAGCCAGAGAGCAGGACUGAAGCUAGGAAACCAUUUAUUGUGAUGCCAUUUACUCCUCAUCUGAAGCAGGAUUCUCAACAGACACUAAAAGAAAAUGAAGUUGAACCAAGUGAACCUCUUCAGACUCCACAGCCUGUUGAGUUUCAAGGCCAUCAAGUGACAGGCUCGGCUCGCAGUGUUGUGAUUGUCAGAGGACCCAGCUUGCAGCCAAGAUGUGGUCCAUUUCUGGGCAGCACUGGUCACAAAACUCUCCUGGCAGACGCGCAUAUCCUGCUACCGGAGCUCCCUGGCAUGCAGGUGCAGACCGAGCCCUCAGAGGUGGCCUCCCCAGAGCAGAGGAUUUGUAUGUUGAGCCCUGUUUCUGCUUUUUCUUUGGACCUGGGGCAUGACGACUUCAUGGUGGAAUUCUCUGAAGAGUCCCUGAGAGCAAGAACGCUACCUGGUGACCGCUUUCUUGGCUUGGGAGGAAUUAAACGAUUUACUUCUCUGGAGAAUAAGAACUUACAGAGGCUGAAGAGCGAAGGGCAGGCCCCUCACACUACUUCGCCACCUGCCAAGGGACCACAGGACGCCCCUCCCUCCUGGGCCAGGCCCUGCAGUGCCCUGCAGGAACCCGUGGGGUCUGCUGCCGAUGAAGACCUUAGAGCUCCUCCCUGUGGAGCAGCUCCCUUCCCUGCAGGGUCUGGGGGCGUCUCACUGCUCGGGGACAGAUCCCCGCAGAGCAAGUGGCAGAAGUACCAGAGCCUGACCCCCAGCGCCUCCCGGGCCCAGGACAGCGGGGAUCGGAGCGCCCUCGAGGUGGCCAAUUCUGGGGGCGCGUGCGGCGGGGCCGCGCUCCCGGGCUCCUCAGACCCUGUGCGCGUGCAGAUGCUCAGGGCCGCGCUGCGUGGGCCCCGGGCCCAGGAUUCCCGGCAGGGUGCGCUGUGCUCCAGCCCAAGGCCGACACCCAGGUCGCAGCACGCGCGGUUAGAGUUGGGCAGCCCCGGCCAUGGGGCGCAGGGCUCGCAGGAGAUAAGCAGCUCUGAGUUGUGCUUCCCAAGCGGGGAGAACCUGAAAUCUGCCCUUCCGAAGCGGCAGACUCGAGUGCCUGCGGUGUUUCAGUCCCCCGCCCACUAUCGGCAGACCUUCUCGGCUUGUAUCAUAGAACAUCUGAACAUACUGCUGUUUGGGUUGGCGCAGCGGCUGCACAGAGCUCUCUCGAAGGCUGACAUAACGUUUUAUACAUCGUCCAAAGAGGAGAAACCGAAGAACACAGAAAGCAGCUUGCCGUGCUGCCACCACAGGCAGCCUGCGACCCUGGUCAUGGCCAAAAAGGAAGGGCCGAAUAAGGGUCGUCUGUUUUAUGCAUGCGACAGACCCAAAGCUGAGCAGUGUAAGUUUUUCAAGUGGUUGGAGGAGAUGACACCGGGUGGGGCAACACCGGAAGUGCCUCGCCCCAGCGUGGUUCUGAGUGACCUGAAGAGCCUUGGCGUGUACCUGCGAGGUCAGAGGAUCCCGCUCUACGAGGAGUGCCAGCUUCUGGUCAGGAAAGGAUUUGAUUUUCAGAGAAAACCGUAUGGCAAACUAAAGAAGUUUACUACUAUAAAUCCUGAGUGUUACAGUGAACCCAAAAGCAAGCUUUAUCUUAAGUUGAGUCGGAAGGAAAGUUCUUCAAUCUAUAGCAAAGAUGAUCUCUGGGUAAUUUCAAAAACCUUGGACUUUGCACUGGACACAUUCGUAGCGUGCAGCGCUUUCUUUGGCCCGUCCUCUGCCAACGAGGUGGAGCUUCUGCCUCUGAAGGGCUACUUCCCAUCCCGCUGGCCCACUAACGUUGUGGUCCACGCCCUGUUGGUUUGUAACGCCAGCAGCGAGCUGACGACGCUGAAAAACAUCCAGGAGCACUUUCACCCCGGAACGCUGCCCCUCACGCCGCACCUGUUAGCCAUGUCUGCAGCUCCGACAGUUCGCGACAAGAGAGCCGAUAAGCGAAAGUUCACCCCACCAGCCUUCACCAGCUCACGUGUGACUUGGGCGCCGGAGCCAGAGCGGGAGUGGGCGCUGCGGCUGGCGGAUGAGCUGGGCCGGGCGCACGGGCUGAAUGAGGACCAGGCCGCGGCCCUGAGCCAGGUGGCCCGCAUGCUGGCGGCCCCUGGCGGUGCAGACUGCACCCCUGGCCUCCCCGUCACCCUCAUCCACGGUGUUUUUGGCGCGGGCAAGAGCUAUUUGCUGGCGGUGGUGGUUUUGUUCUUUGUUCGCCUGUUUGAACAGAGCGACCCUCCUGCAGUGGGAAACGCACGGCCAUGGAAACUUCUCAUUUCCUCCUCCACCAAUGUCGCCGUGGACAGAGUGCUUCUGGGGCUUCUCAGUCUUGGAUUUGAAAAGUUUGUCAGGGUUGGGAGCGUUCGGAAGAUAGCCAAGCCGAUUUUGCCAUAUAGCUUGCAUGCUGGCUCCGAGAAUGAGAACGAGCAGCUGAAGGAGCUGCACGCGCUCAUGAAGGAGGACCUGACUCCCACGGAGAGAGUGUGUGUGAGGAGGAGCAUCGAGCAGCACAGACUGGGCACCACCCGGACCCUGCUGAGGCAGGUCCUCGUGGUCGGUGUGACCUGCGCAGCCUGCCCGUUCCCCUGCAUGAGCGACCUGAAGUUCCCGGUGGUGGUGCUGGACGAGUGCAGCCAGAUGACUGAGCCCACCUCCCUGCUUCCCAUCGCACGGUUUGAGUGUGAGAAGCUGAUUCUUGUUGGGGACCCCAAACAACUGCCUCCUACAAUUCAGGGUUCUGAGGCAGCUCAUGAAAAUGGAUUGGAACAGACUCUUUUCGAUCGGCUUUGCUUAAUGGGUCACAAGCCAGUCCCACUGAGAACCCAAUACCGCUGUCACCCUGCUAUCAGUGCUGUCGCUAAUGACCUGUUCUAUGGAGGAAACCUGAGGGACGGUGUGUCGGAAGUGGACAGGGGCCCCUUACUGCACUGGCUGCCUACCCUGUGUUUCUACAAUGUCGCAGGCCAAGAGCAGAUCGAAAGAGAUAACAGCUUUCAUAAUGCGGCUGAAGCUUCCUUUACACUCAAGCUGAUUCAAUCACUGAUUGCAAGUGGCAUCGAGGGAUCUAUGAUUGGGGUGAUAACGUUAUACAAAUCCCAGAUGUACAAGCUCUCUCACUCUCUGAGUGCUGCGGAGUUUGGCCAUCCUGAUUUGAAAACCGUGCAGGUGUCCACAGUGGAUGCUUUCCAAGGGGCGGAAAAGGAGAUCAUUAUUCUGUCCUGCGUCAGGACAAGACACGUAGGGUUCAUUGACUCAGAAACACGAGUGAAUGUCGCACUGACCCGAGGCCGGAGGCAUCUGCUGAUUGUGGGAAAUUUAGCCUGUCUGAGGAGAAAUGGACUGUGGGGACGCGUGAUCCAGCACUGUGAAGGGAGGGAGGAUGGAUUACAGCAGGCCAGCCAGUGUGAGCCACAGCUGAACCGUCUCCUCAAAGAUUAUCUUGAAAAACAAGCAGAAGAAAAACAGAAGAAAAAGAAUGAAAAAGAAAGAUCCAAAGAGAAAUCUCAUUCACAAAACGACAUGGACUAAGAAUUGUAUUUAUGUAAAUUCAGAUUUACUUUGCAUUAUAUAUUUUUUAAUAUUCUCAUUACCACAAAAUACUUGGUAUAGAACAAAAACUCUGUAUCCUAUGAUAUUAAAUAAUGUACUAAAUAAAUGUAUUUAAAAAACCA